AACCGGAGCGACAGAACGGCAGACGUUUCACGGUGGGAAAAAAAAAAAUACAAGAGCAGCUUUAACAGAGCAGCAGAGAAACCAACACGGUCCUUCUUGUUUGAGGUGCAAUUUCAACAGUAACGAUGGCAGAUGAAGCUGACAUGCGUAACGAACUGGCAGACCUGCAGACACGUGCAGACCAGAUCGCUGAUGAGUCUCUGGAGAGUACCCGGCGUAUGUUGGCUCUGGUUGAGGAGAGUAAAGAUGCUGGUAUCAGGACUCUGGUCAUGCUGGACGAGCAGGGAGAACAACUUGAUCGCGUGGAAGAGGGCAUGAACAAGGUGAACGCAGACCUGAAGGAGGCCGAGAAAGAUUUAAAAGAUUUAGGACAGUGCUGUGGUCUGAUAUGCCCAUGUAUUAAAAAGAUCAAAGGUGGGGGUCAGGCCUGGGGAGGAAACCAGGAUGGAGUGGUGAACAGCCAGCCAGGAGCACGCGUGGUGGAUGAGCGCGAGCAGAUGGCCAUCAGCGGUGGCUUCAUUCGCCGGGUAACAGAUGAUGCCCGAGAGAAUGAGAUGGAUGAGAAUCUGGAGCAGGUGGGCGGGAUCAUUGGCAAUCUUCGUCACAUGGCCCUAGACAUGGGUCAGGAGAUUGACACCCAAAACCGCCAGAUUGACAGGAUCAUGGAGAAGGCUGAUUCCAACAAGACCCGGAUUGACGAGGCUAACCAGCGUGCCACAAAGAUGUUGGGCAGUGGCUAAUUGGCAGCAAAAAAACAAAAAGGGAAAAAAGUG